UUCUGUUGAGGAACGAGGACGUGUGCGAACAAUAAACCGUUACUCCGUUCAGCAGCAGUGGAGCGACAGAGAGCAAAAACCCAAACAAGCAACCUCCAUGCGCCCAAUUCCUGACUCCAUGACAGCGGGGGGAGGGAGGGAGCGUCGCCAGCAGCUAAACUUUUCUAAAAAGGAAGUGUGUUUAAAGGGGCAUGCUCUGAUGUCUUGGAGAAUUUGCUCCUUUUUUUUAUUGUAGCCGCGGCCUGAAAAACGGGGAGGGUAAAAGUGGCCGUUUUUUUUGAAAAAGGUGGUUGGUGUUUAAGGGUGUGACGUCAGGCGGCGGUUGGUGUGUCCAUGUUGGAUCCGGGAGCGGCCGCGAGCCAGAGCCAAGAGCCAUGAAUGGCAUCACCCGCGGCCGUUUUGAGGUUUUCUCAAGCAAUGAUGAAUCGCUAAUAAAUAAAAAGUUACCCAAAGAACUUCUGUUAAGAAUAUUUUCCUUCUUGGACGUUGUCACUUUGUGUCGGUGUGCUCAAGUUUCCAAGGCAUGGAAUAUCCUGGCAUUGGAUGGCAGCAACUGGCAGAGGAUUGACUUGUUUAAUUUUCAGACAGAUAUUGAGGGUCGUGUAGUGGAAAAUAUUUCCAAACGAUGUGGAGGAUUCCUACGUCAACUUAGCCUACGGGGGUGUCUUAGCAUUGGUGAUGCUUCACUUAAGACCUUUGCACAGAACUGUAAGAACAUUGAAGAUUUAAAUCUCAAUGGUUGUACAAAAAUUAAUGACAGCACAUGCAUCAGUCUUAGUAAAUUCUGCACUAAACUGAAAAACUUGGAUCUCACAUCGUGUGUAUCGAUUACAAACAAUUCUUUGAAGGCUUUGAGUGAGGGUAAUCGAAACCUUGAACAUUUAAACAUUUCCUGGUGUGACCAGGUGACGAAGGAUGGGAUAGAGGCUCUAGUGGGAGGAUGUAGUGGUCUGAAGGCCAUGUUUUUGAGAGGGUGCACACAGUUGGACGAUGACUCAUUGAAACACAUACAGAUUCACUGUCCUGAACUAGUAACACUUAAUUUGCAGGCAUGUUCACAAAUCACAGAUGAAGGAUUAGUAAGCGUUUGCAGAGGCUGCCAUAAACUUCAGUUCCUGUGUGUGUCUGGAUGUGGAAACAUUACAGAUGCUUCUAUAACAGCAUUGGGAUUGAAUUGUCCUAGACUAAAGAUUUUGGAAGUAGCACGAUGUUCGCACCUGACAGAUGCUGGCUUUACAGUUUUAGCAAGGAAUUGUCAUGAACUUGAAAAAAUGGAUCUAGAAGAGUGUAUUCUGAUCACAGACAACACGUUGAUUCAGUUGUCCAUUCACUGUCCUAGGUUAGAGGCACUGAGUUUAUCUCAUUGUGAACUGAUUACAGAUGAUGGUAUCCGUCACUUAAGCAACAGUCCCUGUGGCCAUGAAAGACUUCAGGUUGUAGAAUUGGACAACUGUCCCCUCAUCACUGAUGUGACACUUGAACACUUGAAGAACUGUCACAACCUGGAGAGAAUAGAAUUGUAUGACUGUCAGCAAGUCACUCGGGCAGGAAUCAAAAGAAUAAGGGCCCAUCUACCAGACAUCAAGGUUCAUGCUUACUUCGCCCCAGUUACCCCUCCACCUUCAGUGGGAGGUAGUGGACAACGGCUUUGCAGAUGCUGCAUUAUCCUUUGACAUGAGACUUUGCAAUUGAGAAAUACUGUGAAAGUGACUUGUUCAUGCACUUGUGAUCUUGAGUCUCCAAAUAGGGGAAAAGCUCUGGGAGGAAAUCACUACACAACCUGAUUUACCUAACUUUUUGUCAACUUUACUGAAAAUAGCAAAGUUAAUGGAACUAGGUGAGAGAAAGGUCUAAACUUGGACCAACUGUUAAAGGGAAGCGGGGGGGGGGGGGAAAAUAAAUGAUACAACAUCCCAUGAAAUGAUAAAAAUUCCAAUGCAAAUACUAUAACCUCACUACCAUCCCCUACUAUUACUGCUGAAAUGAAGACCAUACUUCGAAAUUAGCAUUCAACAUUGGUACAGGCCACUUCACUAACCAAUUGCAUUGCGAUGUGUCACGCAUGUAGCUGAUGAAGCGACAUUGGUUCAUGGGCCCCAGGCCUCAACAUUGGAAUAAUUUUAUUUCUGUACAUGUAGCUGUGGGAAGAUCGCGGUUUGGCAGCACUUUGGUUCACAUAAUAAUGAAACUGCAUUUCUUCCAUUAAGACCGGCAUUCUCAGUACACAUUAGCUAAUUUGAUAACUGCAUCUUGUUUGAGCAGGAUACAAAUAAGUAAUACUUUUGUGAAAACAUAAUUUGUUUUAUCUGAAGUGACUUGUGAUAUUUAACUGGAUCUGAGUAAGGCAUGAUUAUUUCUAGGAUUAAAGCCAAUUUAAAAACUUUAUCUGCAUAUCACAGUACAAAUGUAAUUUUGGAAUUCUGAAUAAAAGACUACAUAUGAAGUAGUCAGCAAAUGUUUUCUGUUCAUUUCUGCAUAGGCCCACUUGUCUUUUUACAGCAGGAAUGGUAAAAAUAUUUAAUCUAAAUUGCUGUAAAAUACCUUUAUCCUAAAUCUGGGGGUGAAAAGGUUGUCAAAUAUCAGUGUAUAAAUUCAAAAUUGAUAAACUAGAUUCUUAGCAAAUGUUUAUAGCUUUACUGUAAAUCUUGCAAUCUUACCAUUAAAUGUACCUUAAAAAUGGAAUAAAGUAAUAAUUCCAA